UCUCUAGAGAGGAAGACUUGGAAGAUUCUCCUUUUUCAGUUUUGGCUUCGAACUUAAAUGAAGAAGUUACAAAGUUCAGAAGAAGGUCCUGGCUGGAGCUAUGGAAGAGGUGAUUAAUGUUUCAUCACUCAACACCCCCGGGCUACGUAUGCUUCAAGGAAGAAAGCAGUUAAAGGUCCUUGUGAAGAAGGUACAAGCUGCUCGUGAUGAAAUGCAAUGGGGUGAAGAAGGCCCUCCUCCAUUGCUCGUGAAAAUUGCUCCAGAUUUGUCUAAAGAAGAUCUCGAAGAUAUUGCUGCAGUGGCCCUUGCCCUUCGCUUGGACGGAUUGAAUCUAAAUAAGACUGGGAUUUGUUUGUGUAGGAUGAUGAUGGUUGCUAGAAAUUUCUUGAUGUGGCAGGGUUGCUUCAUUUCUUCUGAGGUUGCUGCAUUGGCUUUGAGUUUGCAUGGGCUUGUGAACACAAUAGGGGGAAUGAAAGAUCUAAAGCUUGAUAGAAACAUAAAGACACACGGCCCUUCUUCAUUAAUGAGUUAA